ACCAUACCACAACACUCACCAUACCACAACACACACCUGACACACACACGUUAGUUCCUUUACUUUGUUUAUCACAAGUCAACCAACUGUAUCAAAACAUCCUCAGCCUCCAAACCAUUCCAGGAACCUUUACAGAAGAAGCAUGUUUUUACACGCCGUCAUUCAUCACAUCCAUUCUUUGCAUAAAAGUGUUAUUAAAAGCCAACGGACACAUUAUUAACAUAAAACAAACCCUAAAAGCACAUAAAGCUAAAGUUAAUGUAUUUACACAUAAAGACGUGGUUUCCAGACCCAGACAGUCUAUCCUACUGGUUCUAUGUUUCCCAGACAGUCUAUCCUACUGGUUCUAUGUUUCCCAGACAGUCUAUCCUACUGGUUCUAUGUUUCCCAGACAGUCUAUCCUACUAGUUCUAUGUUUCCCAGACAGUCUAUCCUACUGGUUCUAUGUUUCCCAGACAGUCUAUCCUACUCCUGGUUCUAUGUUUCCCAGACAGCCUAUCCUACUCCUGGUUCUAUGUUUCCCAGACAGCCUAUCCUACUGGUUCUAUGUUUCCCAGACAGUCUAUCCUACUCCUGGUUCUAUGUUUCCCAGACAGAGCCUAUCCUACUCCGGGUUCUAUGUUUCCCAGACAGAGCCUAUCCUACUCCUGGUUCUAUGUUUCCCAGACAGAGUCUAUCCUACUCCUGGUUCUAUGUUUCCCAGACAGAGCCUAUCCUACUCCUGGUUCUAUGUUUCCCAGACAGAGCCUAUCCUACUCCUGGUUCUAUGUUUCCCAGACAGAGCCUAUCCUACUCCUGGUUCUAUGUUUCCCAGACAGCCUAUCCUACUCCUGGUUCUAUGUUUCCCAGACAGAGCCUAUCCUACUCCUGGUUCUAUGUUUCCCAGACAGCCUAUCCUACUCCUGGUUCUAUGUUUCCCAGACAGAGCCUAUCCUACUCCUGGUUCUAUGUUUCCCAAACAGAGCCUAUCCUACUCCUGGUUCUAUGUUUCCCAGAUAGAGCCUAUCCUACUCCUGGUUCUAUGUUUCCCAGACAGAGCCUAUCCUACUCCUAGUUCUAUGUUUCCCAGACAGAGCCUAUCCUGGUUCUAUGUUUCCCAGACAGAGCCUAUCCUACUCCUGGUUCUAUGUUUCCCAGACAGAGCCUAUCCUACUCCUAGUUCUAUGUUUCCCAGACAGAGCCUAUCCUGGUUCUAUGUUUCCCAGACAGAGCCUAUCCUACUCCUAGUUCUAUGUUUCCCAGACAGAGCCUAUCCUGGUUCUAUGUUUCCCAGACAGAGCCUAUCCUACUCCUGGUUCUAUGUUUCCCAGACAGCCUAUCCUACUCAUGGUUCUAUGUUUCCCAGACAGAGCCUAUCCUACUCCUAGUUCUAUGUUUCCCAGACAGAGCCUAUCCUACUCCUGGUUCUAUGUUUCCCAGACAGAGCCUAUCCUACUCCUAGUUCUAUGUUUCCCAGACAGAGCCUAUCCUACUCCUGGUUCUAUGUUUCCCAGACAGAGCCUAUCCUACUCCUGGUUCUAUGUUUCCCAGACAGAGCCUAUCCUACUCCUGGUUCUAUGUUUCCCAGACAGAGCCUAUCCUACCCCUGGUUCUAUGUUUCCCAGACAGAUCCUACUCCUGGUUCUAUGUUUCCCAGACAGAUCCUACUCCUGGUUCUAUGUUUCCCAGACAGAGCCUAUCCUACUCCUGGUUCUAUGUUUCCCAGACAGAGCAUCCUACUCCUGGUUCUAUGUUUCCCAGACAGAGCCUAUCCUACUCCUGGUUCUAUGUUUCCCAGACAGAGCCUAUCCUACUCCUGGUUCUAUGUUUCCCAGACAGAUCCUACUCCUGGUUCUAUGUUUCC